AAAGCUUCCCUCUGUGUCAGUGAGUCCCUCUGCUGAGAUAGUGGAGGGCAGUUCAGUGACUCUGACCUGCAGCAGUGAUGCUAACCCAGCAGCUAAAUACACCUGGUACAAGGAGAACCAAACACUGAUUCAGGGACCAGAAGACAUUUAUCAUUUCACCUCUAUCAGCUCUAAGGACAGCGGUAUCUACCACUGCAAGUCUGAGAAUGAGUAUGGCCAGAUCAACUCCACAUCUGUAUCCAUAGAUGUCCAGUUAUUUCUAUACAUGUUCUCCCCCAGAUGCUCCAAAGCUUCCCUCUGUGUCAGUGAGUCCCUCUGCUGAGAUAGUGGAGGGCAGUUCAGUGACUCUGACCUGCAGCAGUGAUGCUAACCCAGCAGCUAAAUACACCUGGUACAAGGAGAAUGAAGACUCACCAAAAGCAUCAGGACAGAACUUCACCAUCACUGACUUCAGAGCUGAACACAGUGGGAAUUAUUACUGUGAAGCCCAGAACAGAAGAGGACGUCAUAACUCCACCUUACAUCUGAUUGUUGUGGCAGAGAAAUCAUCAGUGAUAAUAAAUAUCAUCAGGUUGACUCUGGUGGUUGUGACGCCGAUUGCUCUGCUUUUUUUCUGUCUGUGGAUGAGGAAGAAGAAAACUCUGAGCUACACCGCUGAACCAAAUGAACUCAUAGAGACUAUAGAGUUGGACUCUGGUCCUGAUUGUAGGACUGAGUGAACUCCUCAGCCUUGAACCAGAACUGUAUGUGACUUUCUCUGAUACAGUCAAACCAGAGGGGAGUCACCUGGAUGGAAACAGAGAGAAGUACAACAUUGUAGCAGUCCAGUGGAGGACGUGGGGGAAGUGGAUACAUUAAACUUCAACUCCAUCAACAUGUUCAGUUGUAGACGUCAGCCGCAGCAUGUAGCAAAAUAUUUAAAUAGAAUGUAGCUUUAGUUUUACCUGUGCAGGGACAUUACAUUAAGCACAGGAUUUAACUCAGGAUGAAAAAUGUUUUUUU